AUGCUGGUCUCUUUGACGGUCGGCAAAGUUGACGCUGGCGUCGCAGUCCUUCUGACUGAGGACAAACGCCUGAUAGAGUUCCCUUCCAUCUUACUCCCACCCUCAAUCACUUCCGGCUCUAUUGUCGACAUUACAGUGUCCCAGAACUUUGACGCAGAACAGAAGUCGCAAGCUGCCUUUGAAUCCCUCCAGUCACAGAUCCUCAACACAUAUGGCCUUCAGACACCUGCGACGCCGGAGCUCAGACUACGCAAUGCUACCCAAAGUACUAUCGUUCUCGAAUGGGAUCCCAUACAGCUUGCGACUACAACCCUGCGAUCGUUGGCUUUGUACAGAAAUGGACAGAAAGCAGGCAAUAUCCCAAGACCGAUGGAUAUGCUGAGCACAAAGAUCAGUGGCCUUCAGAUGGAUGCGGAAUACUCCUUUUACUUGGUGCUGCGCACAAGUGGAGGUACAUACACCAGCAAUGUCCUCAACGUCAAGACACACGACAUGAAGAACUUGACUGGCAUUCGUGUCACACCUGGUGUCCUGCCGCCGCAGCUACGCGAGGCUCUCGAAACGGCAGUCGAGAGAAUAGGCGCUAAGAUUAUCGAUACGCCGCGGAUAGACACGACGCACUUUGUUUGCACUGAAGGUCGUGGCAAAGAUUGGGAAAGAGCAAAUGAGAUGAAUAUCCCGGUGGUACGGCCGGAAUGGAUCGAAGGGUGCGAACGAGAAGGGCACAUAGUCCCUGUGAAGGGUUAUUACCUGGACGCAAACCCCAAACACCGCAACAUCGGCUCUAACCCAUCCUUAUCUGGCCCUCCGGCCAUGUCUUCUCCAGCCAGCCAACAAGCUAUGGCAGCAAGCCAGCAAGAGCUACCUCUGCGCGCCCAGGGGCCGAAGUCGCCAGAUCGGGAGAGCACAGUCAGUGGAGAACCAGGUCCAGAGGUCAACGAGCCUCCGACGCCGCCGCCAAAGGAUGAGCGAAACCGCCCAGAAACGAUCGCUGAAGAUACACAUGAUGAAAGUGAGGACGAAGGCGACGAUCCGGAGAAGCCGCGUGUACCUGAGGAGAGGACAACGGCUGCUUCUGCCCAAGAAGUUGACGAGGAUUCGGAUGCGGACGAGGAAGCAGCAUCAGCGAGCGCUUCGGAGGCAAAAGAUCCAGACAAUAAGAAGGACAAAGGCGGCGAGAUGGAGGACGUUGCAUUGUGA